CGCUUUAAUCGCUCCGGCCGCGGGUGUUUCCACUUUUAAUGACUGACUAGCCAAAACAUUAGCCACGUGUGGUCGCACAUUAGUACCACCCCUCCUUUUCCUGCUGCAUUGACACUAUGGAUAUGGCUGAAGAUGUCCGUGGACUCUGAUAACUCCUGUGUUUUGCUGUCAUCGCGAGACUCCAAGACUUCCUGCGUCUUCCAAAACGAAGACGAGAAAGAUGACAUCCCAGGAGUGGGAGAGGAGAGUGUUCUGGAGAUGCUGAGCUACUCCAAGUUCUCCAACCUGGAGACAUGGCUGUGUAUGCCGUCCUCACUACUGCUGCCCAGGGCCCUGGACUCCACCCAUACCUCCUCAUCCUCUUCCUCUUCCUCACAUGCAUCCAACCACUCCUCCAAUUCCCGGCCGAUCUCCUCCUGUUCCUCCUCGUCCCCGGCCUCUAACUCCCGUCGCUCCACCUGCAGCGAUCCAGGAGAGACUGACACACUGCUCAAGUCAUCGGACAGGGACUCCACCUUCCUCACCCCUGCACUGGGCAAGGAGAUGCCAUUUCUGGCUACGUCUCUCCUCCCCAUCCUCUCUUCCACCCCUGCUGCUGCUUCUGCUGCAGUGCUGUCAGCUGGAGACUCCACCUCCCACAGUGGCGUCAACAUCAGGAAGCGGCGGCGGCUCGCUGCCAGUCCUGGAGGACUCCAUUGGAACUCUGCAGGUUCGGUGCAGCGUGGCUUCUGGUCACCUGAUCUGUCUCCCGUGUCAGGGAGGAACAGGACGGCAGCAGGAGGUGGUGGAGGUGGAGGACGUGCUGUUGGUGCGAGGAGCCUCCCCCUCACUGAGGGAGGCGGGACGCCGUGGGCUGGUGACCGGGCGGCCCUGAGGAAGACAAUUUCGGUUGACGAUCGACUGCUAGGGCAGGUGGGCGGAGAGCAACCACACCUGAGACUGCUGAGUCGACUGGAGAGGGGCAGGAAGAAGCUCCGGAACAUCCACAGUCUGGGAACUACGAGCCGAUACGACACCAGGAAGAAGUCGGACAGUAAGAUUUCUCGGUUGGCCCAGAGGUGGAACCAGAGAGCGGCAGGAGAUGCUCUGAUUAAUGACCUGAAACCCCUGUUUUACCCAGGAAUCCCCCGAUCCUCACUCAGCCUGGACAGACGCCUCCCGGGUGUUAUGACCCAGCAGAUGCAGAACCUGCAGUUGUCCCAGACCAGGAAGUGCCCCGGUGGGCCGGCCUCCCCGAGCGCCGCCAAGCGCCUCUACAGGAACCUGUCGGAGAAGCUGCGAGGAAGCACCUCCUCCUUUGAAGAUGCCUACUUCUUCGGCAAGACGGACCGCCUCCGCAAAGCCUCGACCAUGCAGGGCAGCGACUGUAUCUUCGAGGCGGUGGAGCAGCAGGACCUGGACACAGUGCAGAUCCUCCUCUACCAGUUCUCGGCCGAGGAGCUGGACCUGAACACCCCCAACAGCCAGGGUCUGACGCCGCUAGACAUCGCCAUCAUGACCAACAACACACCCAUCGCUAAACUGCUGCUGAAGGCCGGCGGCAAGGAGAGUCCACACUUUGUGAGUGUGGAGAGUCGUGAGGCCCACCUGAGCUCUCUGGUGGUGGAGGCUGAGCGGCGGGCGGCUGACCUGGCAGCUCAGGCUCAGAGAGAUGGCCUGUCUCUGGAAGCCUGCCAGAAGGACAAACAGCUGAGAGCCUGGGAGUGGAGGAGCAAGCUGUACAAACGCAUGAGGACGGGUUUCCAGCAUGCACGUGCCCCAGAGGCCCCGUCUAUGGUUCGUCUGAGCGUGAGCAGUAGCACCACACUGACCGUCACCUUCCAGGAGCCGCAGUGUCUCAACUCCACCGUGGUGACCAAAUACAGAGUGGAGUGGAGCUGCCUGAAGGAUUUCUCGCUGCUUGCUGGAGAGAUCGUGUUGGAUAAUCUGCAGUCCCUCAAGUGCACCAUCAGCAGCCUCACCACGGGUCGGCUCUACUACGUCAGGGUGUCAGCUUAUAACAUGAAGGGCUGGGGUCCCCCCGCCUGCUCCCUCCCUCCAUCUGCAGCUCCGUCCAAUUGGAGAGAGAGCGACGGUCGGGAGCCCAGGAAGCGGGGACACAUCGAGGCCAUGGAGCGUCUGCUGCAGCAAGUCCGAGCCACGCACACACACUACUGCUGCGGAGACACCUCAAAGCUCCAGAACCCGAGCAGGAAGCAGUCCGUCUCCAGAAGUCUGAAACACCUCUUCAACUCCUCCAACAAGUUUGUGAAAACACUGAAAAGGGGGAUCUACCUGGCAGCUGUGUUCUACCAUAAAGACAGUUUACUGGUGACAGCGGAGGACCAGAUCCCCAUCGUGGAGGUGGACGACUCCUACAGCAGCUCCCUCAUGCAGGACUUCCUCUGGUUCACCAAGCUGUCCUGCAUGUGGGAGGACGUCCGGUGGCUGAGACAGAGUAUGUCAGUGUCUAUGUCGUCGUCCUCCACCCUGCAGGCUCGCCACAAGAUGCUCACUGCCGCCGGCCAGCUUCAGAACCUCCUGGGGACUCACAAUCUGGGCCGCGUCCACUAUGAGCCCAUCAAGGAUCGCCACGGCAACGUGCUGCUGGUGACCAUUCGUGACACGGAGAGCCAGCACUCGCUGUUCAGCGGGAAGUGGAUGCAGGUGACCAAACUGCAGAGCCAGAGGAAAUCGCUGUCCACACCUGAGGAGCCAUACGCCCUCGACAUCCUUAUCAUCACCAUACAGGACAUCUUGGCGUACCAGCGGCGCAGCACCCACCGGCUGGCCCCCGGACUUUACCUGGGCUUCCUGAAGCUCAGCAGCUCUGUAGACCAGAUCAAAGUCCUGGUGUCCCAGCGGACCCCCAACAUGCUGUGUCACGCAAGAGUACGAGACAACGCCAACGUCUCCAGGGAGGAGUGGGACUGGAUCCAGACGCUGUCAGCUGCAGGUGAGAAGAGUGAGGAGGCGGAGUCCAGACCUGAAAGCCACGCCCCAUUACUGUACUACGAGCUGCAGACGUCAAUCAAGUCUCUGCUGAAACACCUGAACCUACCUCUGCACCAGGCCCGUCACUUCCGUCUCUACAGUCAGGAGGUGGUGGAGCUCGGUCACGGCGUCUCCUUCCUGCUGCUGCUGCCGGCGGCCGACGAUGUUUGCUCUGCCCCCGGACAGUCCAACCCCUACACCCCCCUGUCAGGGUUCCUCCACCUCCCUUUGCAGAUGUUCGAGCUCGUUCACUUCUGCACUUACAAAGAGAAGUUCAUCAGUCUGUACUGCCGUCUGUCCUCCGUCCUGGACCUGGACGCCCUCAUUACCCAGCAGGCACUGCGAGAAGCCAUCACUGACAGUGAGGUGGCCACAGCCAAACAGAGGCACCAGCUCAUACUGGACUACAUCCAGCAACUGGACGAGAUGCGUCGUGACCUCCGCUGGAUCACCGAUGCCCUGCAGUACGCUCGCUACAAGCAGCCUCGCGGCGGCGUACCAAUCACCUGCCUGGUGGAUGCCAACGCUACGGAGAGCGACUCUGGGCAGCAGAAGACUGACUCCACCUCCUCGAACAUGGACUACCUGCCCACACCUUCGCCCUCACCUGAAUUCCGCAGAAGGAAAGCCAUCAGCGACUCUCUGCUCGGCUCAGAUGAAGACGGAUCCUCUGAGGUUUUCCUGCCGACAGACAGCGACUACGACUCCAGCGACGCCCUGAGCCCCCGCGAGCUGGACCUGCUCUAUUCCCCACCCCAGGAUCUGUCCCAGCAGGCCUUGCACUCUCUGGGCGGCAGCGCUCCCGACGUGCUCCAGAUCCACGAGCUGAGGUACAGCGUCUGCCCCCCCACAGACCUCCCCCUGUCCCCAUCUGUGAAAGAUCCUAAAUCCUCCCCCCUCCUCCCUCACUCCCCCUCUCUAUCUACAGACUUCCCCCUCUCUUCUUCCUGUCUGCCUCGCUCUCCGUCCUUCUCCAGAACCCUCCCCACCUCGCCAUCCCUCCCCCUCUCCCCCAGAUUCUCCAAAGACCUCCCCCUGUCCCUCCCCCUCUCCCCGGCGCUGUCCGAUACCACCAAGACUCUGGAGGGCCUCUCGCUCUCCAAGAGCCACCAGGACGGCGGCGUCACCCCCCUCAGGGCCCUCGCCAACCCCCCCGCCAAACGCAAACUGCUCUCCAGGAGUCACCGGGGCCAGUACUUCAGCGGGCCCCAGCGUUGGCUCAGGGGCCACAGCGGGGAGAGCCACACAGGAUCUUUAUCUGAAGGCAUCUACACCAAGCAGCUGGACCUAGACCUGCCUCCGCCCGGGGACACCACCUACGUUAGCCACGCUUCCUGCGUCCUGGAGAGCCGGAAGGGCCGUCACCGAGAGCCGCGCCCCCACGUCCGCAGGAUCUUUGUGGAGCCCUGCAAGGAGCUGUCGCCGGGCCACGAGAGGAGAGGCUGGGAGGAGGAGGAGGAGGAGGAGGAGGUGAAGGCUGCAGGCGUGUCGGUGGUCGUGGAGGGGGAGGAGCCAGAGGGAGCCGCCACACAGGACGUAGACUCAGACGACCAAACGAACGCCCAGGUGUCAGAGAUACUCAGCAGCACGCUGUAGAGUGGGGACAGCAGCUGAAGGCAGCAGGUCGGUUCACUUCAGACACACCUGAGCUUUUAAAGCUACACCAGGCACAAGUUUAGAUCCUCAGCGCUGAACGCCAGAGCACACAAACGUGUCGUCAGAUCCUUCAUCUCUCCUCUCGUUUAUUGUCUGACUGCGUAUAAAACAACAGCUUAUCACGAGCAGCAGCUGCAUCAGUAUCUACACAGGAUGCUUUCAGGUACGGUAUUGAGUGUAGGUCACUCAGAGCCCAACACACAAUAGACUUAAAGUGUAAAAAUACACUUUACGUCACGUUUAUACAAAACUCACAGUCUGUCAACAGCUUUCAGCACCUCACAUGGUCCUCCUCUGCUGUUGUUAUAUUUUCAUCCGUCGUGUUUUAAUGACUUCUCGUCUGUUUUGGGCUUUUUAAUGCUCAUGACAAUGGUUGAAAGGUCAGCAGAAAGCUGUUAAGAACUGCGAUUGUUCUUGUAAACAAACCUCCAGAUAAAAAAUAAGGUGACGUUUCAAUAAUUAUCACUUCACACCUUCUGCUGCUCAGCUGGUUGUAAAGUUACAGGUUGUAAACAAACUGUAACUGUAGUGUAUCUUCCCUCUCUCUAACUAUAGUCACAGAAUCUCUUACGUUCAUCUG